AUGCCGGAGCUUCCGGAGGUAGAGGCGGGGAGGAGAGCGAUAGAGGAAAACUGUCUAGGGAAGAAGAUUAUGCGAGUCAUCAUCGCCGACGACAGCAAAGUGAUCGAUGGAAUCUCACCGUCCAAUUUCCAAACCUCAGUCCUCGGGAAAACCAUCGUCUCUGCUCGUAGAAAGGGGAAAAACCUCUGGCUCGAGUUAGAUUCCCCUCCGUUUCCUUCUUUCCAAUUCGGUAUGGCUGGGGCUAUCUAUAUCAAAGGCGUUGCAGUUACUAAAUACAAGAGAUCUGCUGUAACGGACUCAGAGGAGUGGCCAUCCAAGUAUUCAAAGUUCUUCGUGGAGCUUGAGGAUGGUUUGGAGCUUUCAUUUACUGACAAGAGGAGAUUUGCCAAAGUUCGACUCCUAGAAAAUCCGGCUUCUAUGCGUCCAAUAUCGGUGAUUGGUCCUGAUGCAUUGUUAGAGCCUAUGACUCUUGAUGAAUUUGAGAAGAGCUUAGCCAAAAAGAAAAUGACCAUAAAACCUCUCCUACUUGAUCAGGGCUUUAUUUCAGGUAUUGGGAACUGGAUCGCCGAUGAAGUGUUGUACCAAGCCAGAAUCCACCCGUUGCAGACUGCUUCUAGCCUCUCCAAAGAGCAAUGUGAAGCUUUGCACACAUCCAUCAAAGAGGUGAUUGAAAAAGCUGUGGAAGUUGAUGCAGACACUACUCAGUUUCCUAGUAACUGGGUUUUUCAUGCUAGGGAAGGCAAGCCAGGAAAGGCUUUUGUUGAUGGGAAGAAGAUUGAUUUCAUCACUGCUGGUGGAAGGACAACAGCUUAUGUCCCAGAGCUGCAGAAACUCACUGGAAAAGACGCUGGGAAAGCAGCCAAGGUUAGACCGGGUAAAGGAGGUGUGAAGUCAAAAGAAGACGAUGGAGAUGGCGAAGAAGAUGGACAAGAAUCCGAGAAAGAAGAUGAUAGUGCUAAACUGAAGAAAGGACAGAAACAGAAACCAAGGGGUCGUGGUAAGAAGCCUGCAUCGAAGAGAAAAACAGAAGACAGUAACGACGAUGAUGCUGAUGGGGAAGAUGAUAGCGAGGAUGAAGAGAAAGUAACGAAACCCAAAGGUCGUGGCACAAAGCCUGCGGUGAAGAGGAAACCUGAAGAGAAAGCUGCUAGCCAAGCUGGUAACAAGAAGGCAAAGGGAAGAAAAAGUUGA